AUGUCUGAAUCAGAACAGGCUUUAAAAGGAACCUCUCAAAUAAAAAUACUCUCAUCUGAGGAUAUAGAAGGGAUGCGAGUAGUGUGUAGGCUUGCUAGAGAAGUAUUGGAUGUUGCUGCCAUGAUGGUGAAACCAGGAGUAACUACUGAAGAAAUUGAUCAUGCUGUCCAUUUAGCUUGUAUUGCAAGGAAUUGCUAUCCUUCCCCUCUGAAUUAUUAUAAUUUCCCUAAGUCGUGUUGUACGUCAGUGAAUGAAGUGAUCUGUCAUGGAAUUCCUGACAGGAGGCCACUGCAGGAAGGAGAUAUUGUUAAUGUGGAUAUUACUGUCUAUCGUAAUGGCUACCAUGGAGAUCUGAACGAGACCUUUUAUGUUGGAGAAGUGGAUGAGGGUGCUAGGAGGCUCGUCCAGACGACGUACGAGUGCCUAAUGCAAGCCAUUGAUGCAGUAAAACCUGGUGUUCGGUACCGAGAACUGGGAAACAUUAUCCAGAAACAUGCUCAAGCAAAUGGAUUUUCAGUGGUUCGGAGCUACUGCGGGCACGGAAUCCAUAAGCUCUUCCAUACGGCCCCGAACGUGCCCCAUUAUGCCAAAAAUAAGGCAGUUGGAGUCAUGAAGCCAGGUCAUGUGUUUACAAUUGAACCAAUGAUCUGUGAAGGUGGUUGGCAAGAUGAAACGUGGCCUGAUGGUUGGACUGCAGUAACGAGGGAUGGCAAGCGAUCGGCCCAGUUUGAACACACACUCCUGGUCACCGACACGGGCUGUGACAUCCUGACCCGGCGGCUCGAUAGCAUUCGUCCCCACUUCAUGUCCCAGUGAUAGUCUAGACUGAGCAGGUGGAUCUGAAUGAGACAUUUUUUAUUUUUUUUUUGGCUCUGUACUAUGCAUUUUUUUAAGAGUACAGAACAGAAUGAUUUCAUAAUUUACUUUUGUUUUCGGUGAUUGUAGAUAAGAGGAAUAUCUGGAAGAACC